UUAAACAUAGCACACAUCUCUGAAUGGCCCGGUUGCAGACAGAAAUGAUGUGUGUAUUUCUCAUGCUGAUGUUAUCAGGAGUUUCAGAUGGAAACACUUGUAUCUGUGAUGCUACGAAAUCCAUUACAUGCCAUGGAGUCCAAGGAGAACCUCUUUAUCUACAGGUGAUCCCUAAUGCCACUGGAUAUCGCCUAAUUUUAAAGGAAAUAACCCAGAAUGGUGCGAGUACGAUUUUUAGAUAUAAAAGAAAUCAGAUUCUGUUCUUCAAUGAAACGCUCAGUUCAUCUUUAAAACAGAGAUUGCACUUUACUGCUAUGAACGGGACUAUAUCUAUAAACCCAGCAACAAAAGGAGACUCAGGAACAUAUCAAGUAGAGAUCAUCAAUGAUGACAAAGGGGUAAAUGUGGCAAACAUCACAAUUCAGAUUAUUAUUCAAGAUGCACACAGCACUGUGACAUCCACUAACACACAGAUUACUGUCAAUGACAACCCCAAGAUGGAGACACCUGUUUACGUGAUUAGAGCAUCAGCUUGUCUUGGAGUGAUCCUGCUGUGUGGGGCUGUGGGAGUGCUCUGUGUCUGCCAGAGGAGAACACACACACACAAACCAGGUCAGACCACCAAGUGCAAUGAGACAUGAGUUAGACCCAGAAAAGUGUAAAGAAAUAUGAACAU